UCCGCAGCACACCUGUGUCUCGUCCUCGUCAGCACUGAACAGCUCAUCGCACAGCUUGGCGGACUUCUAUACCCACGUCCUCGCACUCUUCCCUCGCGUGUCGAUGGGCCGUCCAUUCCAGGAGAAGAUGGCGAACAUCAAGUGGGAGUCCGAAAGUCGGGACGGACACCUACAGGCGUGGAAGGACGGCCGAACGGGUGUACCGGUCGUAGACGCGGGUAUGCGCCAGGCCCAGGCCAUGGGCUGGAUGCAUAACCGCGUGCGGAUGAUCGCCGCGAUGUACCUGACCAAGGAUCUAAUGAUCGACUGGAGGCUAGGGGAAAAGCACUUCAUGGAAAUCCUCAUUGACGGCGACCUUGCGUCGAACAACGGCGGCUGGCAGUGGAGCGCCAGCACUGGCGUUGAUCCCGCUCCCUACUUCAGGAUCUUCAACCCGUACACGCAGAGCCAUAAAGUCGAUCCGGCAGGAGAGUACAUCCGUGCCUUCGUGCCUGAGCUGGCAAAGGUGCGCGGAGAAGAGAUUCACCACCCGCCGCCGGGUCUUGCGGACAAGCUCGGAUAUCCCAGGGCGCUCGUAGACCAUGGCGAGGCGAGGAAACGUGCAAUUAGACGGUACAAAAAUCCUGGGGAGGAAUGAUCCAUCGUUCAGAGUACUGUUUGAUGCGUUGCAUUUUCGGUGAAUCCCCGU